AUGUCAUCAUUGCAUGGAUUUUGGGAGCUACAAUCGAAUUUCGUUGCACACUUACAUGAGUUGGGGUGCGAGCGUUGGUCGAAAUCGGAUGCAAAUAAGCUCAAGAUUAAUGUCGAUAGUGCCGUGUUUGCUGCUGAAAAUGCUUAUGGUUCAGGGAUUGUUGUUCGGGAUGAUGGUAGAAGGCUAAUUGAGGCUUUUGCAACUUAUGUAACUGGGGAUGUUCAACCCGAGUUGGCCGAGAUAAUGGGGAUUAAGGAAGCACUCAGUUGGGUCAAGAGAAAGGGUAUUCAAGAUGUUGUCAUUGAGUCGGAUAGCCUACUUUUGAUCCAAGCGUUGGAUAGUUCUAUUCGAAUGCCUUCUUUGUUUGGUUUAAUGGUUGUUGAGUGUCAAACUCUUUUACUUUCUCUUGUCAAUGUUAAAAUUUGUUUUGUUAAGCGAUCUGCUAACAGAGUUGCACAUUAUGUUGCUCGCAACUUUUGUUUUUGGUCAGGUUGUAAUUUUGUAGAAGGGUCAGCGCCUGCUGCUCUUCAAACUCUAAUUCUUGUCGAUUUGGCAGUUUAA